ACUCCUGUCGCUAAUUGGCUGGAUGUGGGGGAGGCGUUACCACACUCCUCUCGAGCAGAGUCGUGUUAAUCUCAGAAGUCAUCAUGGCGCUCACUUCCUCACAGCAAGAGCACCCAUUUGCCCAUUUGAUUGACACACUACAAACUGAGAAAAAUGAAGCCCAGAAAUAUUUCAAUCCUCAGAAACUUGGGGAUCCCAAAUAUGAGAGACUGCCGCUUUCUAUUCGUGUGCUGCUAGAGUCUGCCAUCCGGAAGUGUGAUGGCUUUUAUGUGAAGCAGGAAGAUGUGGACAAUAUUCUGAACUGGGAAGAACGACAGAAUGAGGCAGAAAUCCCGUUCUUCCCUGCACGAGUCCUGCUGCAGGACUUCACGGGCAUUCCAGCCAUGGUGGACCUGGCAGCCAUGAGAGAUGCUGUGGCAAAGAACGGAAUCGACCCCAACCUCAUCAACCCCAAAUGUCCUACUGACCUUAUAGUAGAUCACUCACUACAAAUCGACUUUAGCAAAUGUGCCAUCCAAAAUGCCCCUAAUCCUGGCGGAGGUGAUGGACAAGGGACAGGUCCACGCUUGGGCCCUGCACGGUCUUCUCCCAGAAACAGCCAGUGUGGAGGUCAGAGAGGAAGUUGCAGCAAAGGCUCCUGCAGUGAUGCUCCCUCCAAUGCCAGCAGAGCACCUUCGGUACAGAUAGAAAAUACGCCACUUCUCUGCCCCUUCCAUCUGCAGCCUGUCUCAGAGCAAGAUACAGCCGUCAGGAACCAGGAGAUGGAACUCAUACGAAACAAAGAAAGACUUCAGUUUUUUAAGUGGUGUUCUAAAGCAUUUAAGAAUGUGACCGUGGUUCCUCCAGACAUUGGUUCUGUGCACCAGGUCAAUCUGGAGUACCUGUCUCAAGUAGUUCAGGAGAUUGGGGGCUUUGUCUAUCCAGACACAGUUGUAGGCACAGACUCCCACACGACUAUGAUUAACGGCCUUGGUAUACUCGGCUGGGGUGUAGGAGGAAUAGAGUCUGAGGCAGUAAUGCUGGGUCAACCUGUAUCUCUGACCUUGCCACAUGUUGUGGGGUGCAGGCUGGUGGGAUCCAUCAGCACACUGGCUACAUCUAUAGACAUAGUUCUCGGUAUCACAAAGCACUUACGUCAAGCCAGUGUCGGUGGGAAGUUUGUGGAGUUUUUUGGACCAGGAGUUUCUCAGCUCUCUGCUGCAGACAGAACCACCAUUGCUAACAUGUGCCCUGAAUACAAUGCUACUGUUAGCUUUUUCCCUGUGGACGACACCACUCUCAAGCACUUUAAACAGACCAACUUUACAGAAGAGAAACUUGAAGUUAUGGAGCGAUACCUUAAAGCUGUUAAGCUGUUCCGGAGCUCCGAUGAUCAGACAGAAGAUCCACAAUAUUCUGAGGUUAUUGAAAUCAACCUAGCUUCAAUUGUGCCCUGUGUAAGUGGACCCAAACGGCCGCAGGAUCGAGUACCUGUACCCUGUAUGAAGGAGGACUUUCUCAACUGUCUCAAUGAGAAGGUGGGUUUUAAAGGGUUCCACAUUCCAAAAGAGAAGCAGUGCAUUACAGUGCCGUUUCUACAUGAGGGUACCGAGUACUUUCUGUCUCACGGAUCAGUUGUCAUCGCCGCCGUUAUCAGUUGCACUAAUAAUUGCAACCCUUCUGUCAUGCUCACUGCAGGCCUUUUAGCAAAGAAAGCUGUGGAGGCUGGUCUUACGGUAAAGCCUUACAUCAGGACCAGCCUAGCUCCAGGCAGUGGCAUGGUUACACACUACCUCAACGCCAGUGGAGUGCUGCCUUACCUAAGCCAGCUUGGGUUUGAGGUGAUUGGUUAUGGAUGUGCCACUUGUGUAGGAAACACAGCACCUUUACCUGAGUCUGUGGUAGAUGCUAUUAAACAGGGUGAUCUGGUUGCAUGUGGAGUGUUGUCUGGUAACAGGCAUUUUGAAGGACGCCUUUGUGACUGUGUUCGUGCCAAUUAUCUAGCUUCACCUCCCCUAGUGGUUGCCUAUGCCAUCACGGGCACAGUUGGAAUUGACUUUGAGAAAGAGCCUAUUGGCUUCAACCCAGAAGGCAAAGAGGUGUAUCUUAAAGAUGUGUGGCCAUCUAAAGAAGAAGUUCAGGAUGUAGAAGAACACACAGUUGUUGCCUCUGUAUUUAGAGAGCUUAGGAGUCGGAUGCAGAAAGGAAGCACGUAUUGGAGUAACCUGGAUGCACCAGAUGCUCUGCUUUUCCCUUGGGAUCCCAAAUCUACAUACAUCCGUUGCCCCCCUUUCUUCAGCAAACUUUCUAAAGAAAUGCCAACUCCUGUGUCCAUCGAUAAUGCUCAUGCUCUUCUCUUUUUGGGGGACAAAGUCACCACUGAUCACAUCUCUCCUGCCGGUAGUAUUGCACGUGUCAGCGCAGCUGCAAGAUACCUACAAAGUAAACGCCUCACCCCUAGAGAGUUUAACUCUUAUGGAGCACGGAGAGGAAAUGAUGCUGUAAUGACUAGAGGAACUUUUGCUAGCAUUAAACUCCAGAACCGUUUUAUUGGCAAAACUGGCCCCAAGACGCUUCACAUUCCUUCUGGACAGACGUUGGAUGUGUUUGAGGCAGCGGAGCGGUACCAAAGAGACGGAGUUCCCCUCAUCAUUUUGGCAGGGAAAGAGUAUGGCUCUGGCAAUUCCCGGGACUGGGCGGCUAAAGGACCUUACCUACUGGGAGUUCGGGCAGUGAUUGCAGAGAGUUUUGAGAAAAUGCAUAAGAACCACCUGGUAGGGAUGGGUAUUGCUCCUCUACAGUUCCUGCCUGGACAGAAUGCUGACUCACUGGAGCUCUGUGGAAAAGAGAGAUUUUCUAUUUCAAUACCAGAGGAGUUCACUCCUCAACAAGAAUUAACCGUAAUGACAAGCACAGGAAAGUGUUUCCGUGUGGUGGCUCUGUUUGAGAAUGAGAUGGACGUUGCGUUUUAUAGACAUGGAGGUAUCCUGAAAUAUGUGGCUCGGGGUAUGCUCCAGUAACAUCUGUGGCCUGCUUCUUCUUGUCUCUAGACUCUGAUCCUGGGUCAGUCUUGGAAGUACUGAGUACUCCACCGACAGGGCUAUUUAUGGCCUAGCAAUUGCUCUGAACUCCAGUCAGUGAUUUUCAGGCCAUGGACUCUGCUGUGCCUGUUUUCUGCUGUUUCCUCUGUCACACCUAGGGCAUCUGCUGAAGGAUGCAUCUCUCUUGCACUUAAAAAUAAAUAAAUAAAUAAAUAAAGGUCUGUGCAUGGGUCUCUAAAAUGUCUGUAGAAAUGGACAUUUUUGUUUGCAGUGCCUGCUCAGCUCGUAAGUGGACGAAAUUUCAGUCAAGGUUGAAGAUUGUGGUGCUAGGCUCCUGCACAGGCUACUCAAUGUGCUUACUUUCGCCGGUGCUUCUCAAACUCAAACUGCAUUCUGGUCUUUUACUUCUGCUGUAGUGCUUACAGGCAGAUAGAUGGAGCUUCUUUUCUUUUUCAGUUUUUUUUUUUUAAUUAUUUGUGUUUAGAAAAUUAUUCAGUUAAAAGUGUACGAAGUCAAACGAAAUGCCUGUUCACCUUACUUAUUCCAGCUUUUUUUAUGUUGUGAUAUAUUUUUUUUCUUUUUCUUAUAAAUGUUACCCUCACAUAUUGCCAUCAUUCUGAGGAAGAGAAAAAUCAUUGUUUAUUUUUUAUCCAAUCGAGCUCAGAAAUCUUUACGUUAACAGUUUACAUAUAUCUCUGACCCUUGAGUGUUUUGAGUGCUUGUGUGGACAGUGACAAUGACUGGAUGUAGAUAAUUGCAAUAAACCUGAUGUCAUUUGUUGUUCAUUUA